AUGGUUAUGACAGAGCAAUUAGCAGAAGGAAUCUUGGAAGAGGUGCCCGAAACACCUACGGGGGAGGUCAUCCGUUAUAUUCCUCAUCAACCAGUGAUCCGAGACCAGGCCGAAUCCACAAAUGUGAGGAUAGUUUAUGAUUGUUCAGCUAAGACACAUUGUCAAGUACCUUCCUUGAACGACUGUUUGGAAGUAGGACCCCCUUUACAACCCAUGUUAUUUGACAUCCUUCUUCGAAAUCGUCUGAAGAUGUUGUGUAUCACAGGAGAUAUUCAAAAGGCCUUUCUUCAAAUUAAAGUGGACCCAAGAGAUAGAGAUGCUCUUCGCCUUCUGUGGUAUGAGAACCUCGACUCAAGAACGAUUGCUGAUGAGUUGCUAAAAAACACCUAUGUGGACGAUGUUCAAUCAGGCGGUGAUUGUGUAGAAGAGCUGAUCAGUUUCAAAAAGGAGGCCACGCGAAUAAUGGAAGAAGGAGGGUUUCACCUGCACAAGUGGCACGGCAACAUUCCAGAGUUAGAAGAACCACAGCGAAUUGAUGAUGAAACCCUACUAUCACAAGCAAGCUCGACUUAUGCAAAGUUAGUGGUUGGAACCCAUUCCCAAGAAACAAAGAUACUUGGAGUACCUUGGAACAAGGCAGAAGACACAGUUUCAGUUGGUUUCAUAAAGUCAUUGGGAACAAUGAGUGACGGUCCCCUUACCAAGAGAAAGAUGUUAUCAGCCAUUAAUGGUGUUUAUGACUUGUUGGGACUUGCAGCACCAGUGAUCAUCACGGGAAAGAUCCUGUACAGUGAGGUUUGCUUAAGGAAACUGAGGUGGGACCAAGUGGUAACAGACGAGAUACAAAGAUCUAGGAACAACUGGCUGAAGGGAAUGGAAAAGUGUCCUUCAAUAAGUGUUCCGCGCAGGGUUGUGAGUAAAGAUGUUAGAAGAAUUGACCUUCAUGGUUUUGCUGAUGCAAGCAAGCUAGCAGUUUCAGCAGCAGUUUACGCACUUGUAUUUCAUCAUGUUGCUCCAGUUCACCAGAGCCUGCUUGUUGCGAAGUCAAGAAUAGCACCAAAACAACUGUCAAUCCCACGGUUGGAGCUUAUUGCAGCACACACCUUGAGCAAAUUGAUGAAUCAUGUCAAGGAAGUAAUGGAAGAGGAGGAUCUUGAGAAGAUCGGAGACGAAGAAGGAACCAGACGAAUGAGGUUUCUGCAGAAAAGCAAAGAGCAUCUUCGAAAGAGAUUCGUGAAGGAGUAUGUGCACGCCCUUGAAGAAAGACAGCAGCCGCCCACCGGUAACAUUGCCGAAAUCCCGAACACAGGAGCGCCGGUGUUGCUUAAAGAUGAAACCAAGAAUAGAGCACUGUGGAAGCUUGCACGAGUGGUAGGAAAGGUCACGGGUAAGGAUGGAACAGUCCGAGGAUUGAAGCUUAAACAAGGGAAUGGUUAUAUCGCGGAGCGCCCCUUGCAACUUUUAUGUAAACUAGAAAUUGGAGUAGAGCAUCCUGACUGCCAGCUAAACCCAGAAGCAGAAGUGUUCAUACCAAGAUUGAGACCAAGUAGAAGAUCCGAGGAGAUCGCAAACGAGAGAAUCAAGGACAUUAUUUCACAAGAAGUUUAA